UUUUGCCCCAGAUCCCCCUGAACACCAACCACUCCCAGCCCCACCAUGUGCGACGAGGAGACCACAGCCCUGGUCUGCGACAACGGCUCCGGCCUCUGCAAAGCCGGCUUUGCUGGCGACGAUGCCCCCCGCGCUGUCUUCCCCUCCAUCGUGGGGCGGCCCCGGCACCAGGGCGUCAUGGUGGGCAUGGGGCAGAAGGACAGCUACGUGGGCGACGAGGCGCAGAGCAAGAGGGGUAUCCUCACGCUCAAGUACCCCAUCGAGCACGGCAUCAUCACCAACUGGGAUGACAUGGAGAAGAUUUGGCACCACUCCUUCUACAACGAACUGCGCGUGGCCCCCGAGGAGCACCCGACGCUGCUCACCGAGGCCCCCCUCAACCCCAAGGCCAACCGGGAGAAGAUGACCCAGAUCAUGUUUGAGACCUUCAACGUCCCCGCCAUGUACGUCGCCAUCCAAGCCGUCCUGUCCCUCUACGCCUCCGGCCGCACCACCGGCAUCGUCCUCGACUCCGGGGACGGCGUCACCCACAACGUGCCCAUCUACGAGGGCUACGCUCUGCCCCACGCCAUCAUGCGUCUCGACUUGGCCGGCCGCGACCUCACCGACUACCUCAUGAAGAUCCUCACCGAGAGGGGCUACUCCUUCGUCACCACCGCCGAGCGGGAAAUCGUGCGUGACAUCAAGGAGAAGCUUUGCUACGUGGCCCUGGACUUUGAGACCGAGAUGGCCACGGCCGCCUCCUCCUCCUCGCUGGAGAAGAGCUACGAGCUCCCCGACGGGCAGGUCAUCACCAUCGGCAACGAGCGCUUCCGCUGCCCCGAGACCCUCUUCCAACCCUCCUUCAUCGGCAUGGAGUCGGCCGGCAUCCACGAGACCACCUACAACUCCAUCAUGAAGUGCGACAUCGACAUCCGCAAGGACCUCUACGCCAACAACGUGCUGUCCGGCGGCACCACCAUGUACCCCGGCAUCGCCGACCGCAUGCAGAAGGAGAUCACGGCGCUGGCUCCCAGCACCAUGAAGAUCAAA